AUGUCAACCUCAACCUCGGCUACCGAUUUGAAAGCUAUCGUGAAAGAAGGAUAUGACGCGAUAGCUCCAAAAUACCACAGUUGGGCUGCUCCGCGAUUGACACAAAAGCGAACAGAAUACAUCGAGAGACUCGGGAAAUCGUUGCCCAAAGGUUCGAAAGUCCUUGAGCUGGGAUGCGGCGCUGGGUUACCUGCAACACAACAGUUGGUCGAUCAGGGUUUUGAGGUACUCGGCGUUGACAUCUCAUCCUCUCAAUUGGCUCUCGCCAAGGAGCAUGUACCCAGAGCACAGUUCAUGCAAGGAGAUAUGACGGCAAUUGAAUUCGAGAAAGGCUCAUUCAACGCAGUCAUGGCCUUCUAUUCCCUAUUCCAUCUCCCGCGCGACGAACACGGGCCUAUGCUGAAAAAGAUGGUCGACUGGCUGAAGCCGGGGGGCUGGGUGUUGUUCAAUCUGCACACGGAUGAGAAGGAUCACAUGAGGGAUGAUUGGAUGGGUGUAAAGAUGUUUUCGACUGGCCUAGGGAUCGAAGGUAACAGGCAGAUGCUGGUGGAGUAUGGGGCGGGAUUGAUAGACGUGGAAGACGUGAUUGACAAAGAGUUCGUUGGAAGGUUUGAGGAGGACUUUCAUUGGAUAUGCGCCAAGAAAAGCUUUUGA